AUGCAGGCCGGUCCCAACGGCCAACGAGACGCCCGGUGGCCGACCGCCUACUGGACCAACUGCCCAUUCGACAUCGCCACGCCAGGCGUCUCGCGCCGCCUUUUCGGGCUCCAGACCCACGGCCUCCAGUCGAUAUUGAACCUGAGCGGGGUAUUGGAAAUCAACCUUGAAUCGGACCGCUGGUGCGCCGCUCAGGAGAUCAAGACGAGACAUGGCACAAGCUGCCUCCCUCGUGUUGGCCGUACCGAUAUUAACCACAUCCAACAAAGACCUUCAUCGUCUGGCCCUUAG